AUGUUAGAUUGUGGUGGUUUUAUUGGAAAUAAAGAUAAUUAUGUUAAAUAUGGAUCGUCGUUAAUGGUCAAUGGACAAGAACAUUAUUGUGGAUUACUUAACACUAAGUGCGAUUAUUGCGAUUUUCUAAAUUUUUUAUUGGAAAAACCCACAGAUGGCAAAUUUAAGAAUUGCUGUCAUAAGGGUAAAGUUAAGAUACCAUCAAUCCGAUAUAUUCCUUUUUUACAAGACCUUUUAUCUAAUCCUAACAAUGAAUUUCAUUCAAACUUUAUGAAAUAUAUAAGAUCUUAUAAUAGUUCACUUGCGUUCGCAUCCAUAGGAGCACAGAUUUCUAAUAGUUUAAACACAGGCCCAUAUUGUUUUAGAGUUCAUGGGCAAAUUUAUCACCGAACAUCUCAUUUAUAUCCUUCCACUGGGAUGCCUCCUAAAUUUGCACAACUAUAUGUCCUUGAGACCACCCAGGCUGUUAAUGGCAGGUUACACAUGAAAGAAAAUUCUGGUUGCAAUGAGGAUCUCUUAAAAAGAUUAGAUAUUUUAAUAAGACAGAAUAACCCAUUUUCUAUUAGUUUUAAAACCUUGGGAGAAAUUAAGAAAGAAGAAAAAAAUAGGGCUAUUCAAGAAAAUCGUCCAGUUCAAAAAAUCAAUAUGAUUUUUCGUGCAGAUCGCUCAAGUGACAAGCGAAGAUAUAACAUUCCUAAUAUAGAUGAAGUAGCUAUUUUUACAAAUGAUGAUGGUGAACCCCCAUUUAAACGGGAUAUCAAGGUCUAUCCUCGAGUUGAUGGUAGUGAUCUGAUAAAUAUAAAUAUAUUAAGCCCUAAUCUUGAUCCAAUGGUAUAUCCUCUAUUAUUUCCUUUUGGUGACCCUGGUUGGAAACCAGAUUUAAAGGGUGAAGAUACAGGGCGUACAAGGGCAAAUAUCUCACUACUACAGUUUAAAAUAUUUAGAUUAGCAAUUCGUGAAAAUGAAUUCAACCCAAUCCUUUUUGCUGGGAAAAUAUCACAACAAUAUAUUGUUGAUUCCUAUUUACAGGUCGAGGCGAAUAAUUUAAAUUUUAUUAGACAAAAUCAGCCAAAAUUACGAGUAGAUGAAUAUUCUGGAUUAAUGGACUACUUGGAAACAAAGUCAAACAAUAUAAUUCCCGGCAAAGCAGUAAUAUUACCAUCAUCUUUUCAAGGUUCUCAAAGAAAUAUGCGAGAAUGCUAUCACGAUGCAAUGGCCAUUGUGCUCAAAUUUGGCAAACCUGAUUUGUUUAUUACUUUUACAUGCAAUCCUAAUUGGCGUGAAAUUAAGGAAAAUCUAUUUCCCGGGCAAAGUCCUACAGAUAUACCAGAUUUAAUAGCCCGUGUUUUUAAAUUGAAAUUAAAUGAAUUAUUGUUCGAUAUAAAUAAAAAAAAUUUAUUUGGUAAAUCUAUGGCUUUUAUAUAUACAAUCGAGUUCCAAAAAAGAGGUUUGCCUCAUGCCCAUAUACUUAUUAUUUUAAACGAUGAUAGCAAAAUUGAAACAUCUCAAGCUAUAGAUAAAUUUGUUUGUGCCGAAAUGCCAGAUAAAAUUCUCGAUCCUAAACUUUUUCAGAUUGUUACCCAUUUUAUGAUACAUGGUCCUUGCGGGAUAUUUAACCCCAAAUCGCCUUGCAUGGAAAAUGGCAUAUGUACCAAAAAAUUUCCGAAGGAUUUUCAAAUGGAAACAAGACCAAAUAUUGAUGGGUAUCCAUAUUAUAAGGCGAGAUAA